CCGUCCUCCGGCAGCCGGGGGUCAGCGCGGGUCAUCGCGUGCGGCCUUAGCAACCGCGGCCGCCCGAUCCUCAGGCCGGGCCCUGUUGGGCGACACCGACACCGACACCGACACCGACACCGACACCCAGCCCAGCUCAGCUCAGCCCAGCCCAGCCCAGCCCAGCCAUGCUGGAGGGACUGGCAGCCUGGGUGCUAAACACUUACAUUGGCAAAUAUGUCAAUAACCUCAACACAGACCAGCUCUCCAUUGCCCUGAUGAAAGGCGCUGUUGAAUUGGAAAACCUUCCUCUAAAGAAAGACGCCCUCAAAGAAUUGGAUUUACCUUUUGAGGUAAAGGCAGGUUUUAUUGGGAAGAUAACGUUGCAGAUCCCAUUCUACCGGCCUCAUGUGGAACCCUGGGUCAUAUCCAUCUCCAAGCUCCAUCUGAUCGGUGCACCAAUUAAACAGUCUGAAUUUGAUGAAGAGAUGGAACGGUCACUGGACAGGAAGAGAAAGAGUGAAUUACUGAAUGCUCUGGAGGCAAAAUGGAAGAGUGACCAACAGCAGAAAGGGGAGUCUUAUUGGUACUCGGCUACUGCGUCCAUGGUAACCAGAAUUGUGGAAAAUGUGGAGUUGAAUGUUCGAGAUGUCCAUUUGCGUUUUGAGGAUGAUAUCACUAACCCUGAACAUCCAUUUGCUUUUGGGAUAUGUAUCAAGAGUGUAUCUGUACAGAAUGCAGAAGAUGAGUUGGUUGAGAAGUCCAUAAGAAAAAAGAGAUUAAAAAUUGAGGAUUUCAGUAUUUACUGGGAUAUGGACACUGAGUUACUGGGCGAUGUUCCUCCUUCUGAACUCCAGGAUGCAAUAGAUCAUUGCCUGCAAAACAGAGAUCACAAGUACAUACUCGAACCUGUCUGCGCUUCUGCACUUUUAAAGAGAAACGGAGCCAAAGAGCCCUUGCGUUCCCGGAAUACACCGCGCAUUGAGUGUGAUGUCAACUUGAAGACAAUUCCAUUGAAACUUUCGCAGGUUCAGUACCAGCAAUUGAUGACAUUCUUGAAAGAAAUGGAAAGAAAAGAACGGCAACUUCAAUUGAGAAAAUGGAGACCUAAAGUUCCCAUUAAAUUAAAUACCCGGGAGUGGUGGAAUUUUGCACUAAAUGCCAAUCUUGCUGAGAUUCGUGAGCAGAGGAUGCGAUUAAACUGGACCUUUGUGUUGCAACGAGCAAGGGAUGCAGUAUUCUACACUGAGAAAUAUCAUCAAAAGCUGAAAGGAAAUCUGAAUUCAUUAGAAGAGGAGGAGGAGUUAGAACGGAUUGAGGACGAACAGAGCUUCGAAGAGCUGGAAAUCUUGCGAGAAAUUGUAUUUGAGCAGUUCAAGAAGCAUGAUAUACUGGCUGAGAAACUGCGUGAGCCUCCAUCAGAAGCUCCGGGUUCUUCCUCACACCCAAAGUCAAUGCAUGGAAACCGCAGCGGCAUGAUCCAGUAUCUGCAGUCUUGGUUCCCUGGGUGGGGUGGCUGGUAUGGCUACUCUCAAACCACUCAGCAAUUGCAACAGGGUAUAACUGUGGAAGAUCUCACACCUGAAGAGCAGCAGCAGUGGAGCCCAGAAGAGUCAUUAGAUGGCGAUGAAAUCUUUAACACAAUGACUGAUACAUCAAACUUGAACACAUUCACGAGGAGGGACCAUGUUUUUAUUAAACUGAACUUCUUGCUACAAAGUGGGACCGUCAGUUUGCUGAGACACGAUAAGGAGACUAAUCUUUGUGGGACUGAGACGGCUUUUGUAGAACUGGAGUUUUCAGGAGUGAAAAUUGGUGUGGAGUCCUCCCCUCGUACGGAAUCUACCCUGUUCUCUGUUCAGCUGGGAGGCUUGUUCCUGCGAGACAUGGCAGCACAAGGUUCCUUAUUCCCUGUCCUAGUUUCACCCAAACCAGAGAAUGAUGCUGCAAGCUUAUCACAGACAUUGGGAAUGCGUUCCACUUUGUCUGAGACUGCCAAUGUAAACCCAGCUCUUUGCUCUCCCAGUAAGUUGCCACCUGUAUUUGAAAUGAUCUAUGAGAAAAAUCCAGUUUGGAGUAACUAUGAGAGAAGAUUAGAAGUCAGCACUCGACCUCUCAACAUCAUCUAUAACCCUCUGGUUAUCAAGAAAGUUGCUGAUUUUUUCUACAAGGGCAAAGUGCACACAUCUGGCUUUGGUUACCAAUCAGAACUAGAGUUACGUGUGGCAGAUGCUGCCAGAAAGCAAUACAAUAAGCUCAAGAUGCAAACCAAGGCUGAAAUCAGGCAAACUAUUGAUCAGCUACUGGUGGGAGAAUUCAUUGAAAACGACAAACGCUGGAUGAUGAAGUUAGAUAUUUCCGCUCCUCAAGUGAUUUUCCCAGAUGACUUUAAAUCUCCAGAUUCUUUGUUGGUAGUUGUGGAUCUGGGUCGAAUUCUGCUGACAAAUUUUCGAGAUGAACCCAAAAGCAGAGCCAGCGCCAGGCUUUCUGUCCAAGAAGAGGAACUGAGCGAUGAUGAAUACAAGACACCACUGGCCACACCACCCAACACGCCACCGUCAGAGCUCAGCUCCGACCCUGGGACAAAGUCCACUGAAUCCCUAGGUUUUGGAUUUACUGAGGAGCAGUUGCAACAACACUUUGUCAACAACAAGCUUUAUGAGAAAUACUCGCUGUCCUUCAUGGACAUGCAGAUCAUGGUGGGGAGAGUCAUGGACAACUGGAAGCAUGCUCAGGACAGUGAGGUUGGGCCAACACAUGUUGUCGAGAGAUUCAAUGUGCUAUUACAAUUAGAACGGCGGUUAAUGUAUACCUCUGACCCAAAUCGGCCUGGAGUCAUGCUUUGUGGCACUCUGCCUGAGCUUAAAAUACAUGUCAAUGAGGAUAAGAUAGUGGCCUUGCGAAAUUUUCUGCUGAGGAUAACAGCUGAGAAGCAGCAGAAAUCAGGUGAGCAGCAGCAUUGCGGCGAGAAAAAAAUCUUCAACAAAGUGGAUAGCCGGGGCAAGCUACUGGAUUCCAAGAUGAGUCUGACGCAGAGUGUGAUGUCACUCGAGCAGCACACCCGUGAGGUCCUGGUUGAGUCCAAGCUGCUUAUAGCAGAGUUCAAAGUUAAUUACAUGCAGUUGGGAGUGGAGAGUUGUGGGCGAUACAUAUCUGUGCUGAAGGUGUUUGGAAUUAAUUCCAACUUUGUGAAGAGGCCUUAUGACAGCGAGGUGACACUGACUGUACAUGGCUUGCUCUUGGUGGACACGGUCCAGACAUACGGUUCCGACUUUGACUUGCUGAUGGCAUCUCACAAAAAUUUGAGUUUUGACAUUCCCACAGGCAGUCUCCGUGACAGUGGAGCACAAUCUCCUGUCUCUCCUCAUCCCUCUGUUACUCCACUGGCCAAUAGUGGAACCUCACAUGAUGAAAAUAAAAUCACACUGAGCAACUCAUUAGUAUUGGGUGAACAAGUGCCUCCAUCAUCUACUGUUCUGAUUAAACUGGAAUAUCAGUUUGUGAGCUCCGAUUGUCCUUCUAUGAACUUGGACAGCUCUUUACGAAUCAUGUCAUUGCAGGUCAACAAUUUGGACAUCAUCCUGAAUCCAGAAACUAUGGUUGAACUCAUCGGUUUUCUGCAGAAGUCCUUUCCAAAGGCCAAAGAAGAUACAAGUCCAGAGACUCCUCUUACGGAUCCAGCCAUGAGUUUUGAGGAUAGAGAGUCGAUUCAGUCCACCUAUGAUCAAAAUACACAAGUGGCAGUCGAAAUCCAUCGGCUGAAUGUGCUACUGCUUCGGACUGUCGAGCUAACAAGUGGAGAGAAACUGGGGAGAAAAAUUGCUACAGCUAGUAUCAAUGGCACAAAGGUAAACGUUUCCAUGGGGAGUCGGUUUGAAAUGAAUGGAUCUCUCGGUUGCCUUCAGCUAGUGGAUUUGACCCAAGAUGAAGUGAAGAACCAUUUUGUAGUGAGCAUUGGAAAUACAGACGCAUAUGAAACAAUAAGUGACUUUGGAUUCUUUCAGUCUGUCUUCAUGAGGUCUGAAACUGAGAUGAAUCAUAGUGAAGCUCUGAGCUUUAAGUUUAUAGAACAUUCAAAGGAAGAGUUUAAAUUGAGUCUGCACAUGGCAUCUUUACAUUAUAACCAUUCGCCCAAAUUCCUUAAGGAACUCGCCUUAUCCAUGGAUGAACUUGAGGAUAACUUCCAAAAUAUGCUGAAGAGUGCAGCUUCCAAAGUCUCCACCGUCUUGGUAAACAAAACUGCCGAGUACAGCGAGAUGGUCUUACUUUUUGAAAAGCCACGGAAGACGAGGGAUAUGUUUGAACUUGAUGACGAUGUGGUUGCUGGGAUGGAAGCUCCCGAACAGAAUCCAGUAAAAUUAGUCUUGAACAUCAACAUCGAGUCACCUGUGGUGGCAAUCCCACGGAAACCAGGAAGCUGUGAGCUGUUGGUUGGACACUUGGGCCGGACGUCAAUCCAGAACUUUGUAACCGGUGAAGAUGAUUCAGGGAGAGACCGGCUGCAAGUGGAAAUUAAAGAUAUUAAAAUGUACUCUCUCAAUAACAGCAUGCGUGGUUCCAAGACAGAUGCCAGCGAAUCUCCUCGAUCGGCAUCUGGUGGUGCCAGCACCUCCAGUCAGGAAGAAAUGCAUUUCACACGGCAGGAUUUCUUUGAUUCCAUACACAAUGGUCAAGCCUUUCAUAUCUUGAACGACACCACAAUCCAGUUUGUUCUAGAGAAAAUCCCAGUUGAGACAGAUCCCGGGUCAUCCUUUCCAGCUGUUAACUUUUCGGAUUCCUUUGAGACCACCAGUAAAAUGAAGAUCGAGGGGAAAUUUGUCAAUCCUUUGAAGGUAAUGUUAGCAAAGCAUGUUUAUGAGCAAGUCUUGCAGACGUUGGAUAACCUAACAUACAGUGACGAUCUUGGCAAUAUCUCGCAUGGUUCAACUGAUGGCGUGCCCGACCCCCAUCAUGUCUCUUCACCAAUGAGAAGUCAGAAGAUCGCCGAUCUUCAACGAGAAUGGAAAGAGAGCGGACUUUUCGGUCGAAUGAGCUAUCCAUCUACUCCAGUCGAUUCCUUUCCGAUUCCAGAGUCAAAAUCAUUCACUCAAAUACAGGCUAAUUUCUGCAUCUCUGAGUUACAGGUUCAAUUGUGCGGUGAUCUUGCUUUGGAAGCACAAGGUUUGGUUAGUUUAAAGUUUAAAGACUUUGAAGUUGAGUUCAGUAAAGACCAGCCUUGUACUCUGUCUAUUCAGGUAGCUCUACGGUCACUGCUAAUGGAAGAUUUGCUGGAGAAAAAAACAGACUCCAAGUACAAGCAUUUAAUGGUGUCGAGGGGAGCACCAAAAGCUUCCAGUUUCAAUCAAAAGGAAUAUUUGUCCCAGUCUUGCCCUUCUAUCUCCAAUGUGGAGUAUCCUGAGAUGCCAAGAUCCCUGCCAGCUCACAUGGAAGAAGCACAAAAUGUCUUCCAGUUUUACCAAAGGCCGUCAUCUACACGCAGAAAACAUAAGGAAGAUCAAGAUGCAGAACGUCUUCUGACCCCUCCACCAUCCCCAAUACUGAAAACCUCCAAGGUGUACUGCACCAGAACUAACUUUGACGAUUCAUUAGUACAUAUUAAUAUUUUUCUGGUAGAUAGGAAGCACCCUGAAUUUUCUACACGUUACAGUAAAGUCAACAGGAAUGUGGAUGUAGAUUUUAACUGCUUGGAUGUGCUGAUUACACUUCAGACCUGGGUAAUGAUCUUGGAUUUUUUUGGGAUUGGAUCAACAGCCAACAACCAUGGCUUGAAACCUCCAGUGGAGGAGCCUCAACCUCAGAUGCAACCUGAUGAAGCUGGUGCUCCAUAUAAUGCAGGCCAGGAACCAGUCAACACAAAGUUAGAUCUGAAGGUUCACUCACUGUCUCUGGUAUUAAACAAAAAGACAAACGAGCUCGCCAAAGCGAAUGUGUCCAAACUGGCAGCACAUCUUGCAUUGAUAGAUGGGGACUUUGCUCUGCAUGGCAGUCUUGGCAGCCUCUCCUUAAGUGAUCUGACAUCUCACGGAGAGCUGUACAGGGAACGCUUCACCACCAGCGGCAAGGAGGCAUUGGUCUUCAACAUUUACAAAUACGGCCGAGCAGACCCAAAGCUGCAACGCGACUGUGACGUGAGAGUGAGUUUUCAGAUGGCAUCGGUACAGUAUGUGCACACUCAGCGCUUCCAGGCCGAGGUGGUGGCAUUUAUACAGCACUUCACACAGCUGCAGGAUGUACUGGGGAGACAGAGAGCAGCUGUAGAGGGACAAGCGGUGCGAGACAAGGCACAGAGGGCCUCUCGGAUCCUGCUCGACAUUGAGGCUGGUGCUCCAGUCGUCCUCAUCCCAGAAAGCUCCAAAUCAAAUCAGCUGAUUGUGGCAAACCUUGGUAAACUGAAAGUGAAGAACCAAUUCUUGUUUGCUGGAUCACCAGGGACAUUCUCUCUGCGAGACAAGGAACCUGCGAACUUUCCAUCUGAAGAAAUAGUAAAUCAGAAGACGACAACGAGCACCACAUCAGAUCCUCUAUCCAUUCUUUGCAGACCAGACAAACUUGGCUCUGGUGCUGGUUGCUCCAGAGAACCUCUUCAUAAUAUGCCACGGUGUGAAUCUGAAGCAGGAGCAAAACAGAAAACACAGGAAGAAGGGCAACAUGCUCAACCUCAGAUUGUGGAGCUAAAGGAAUCCGAGGAAGAGCAUAUCUGCCUGCUAGACUGCAUUGUGGUUGACCUACAAGACAUGGAUAUCUUCACUGCAGAGAGACAUCCCAGGGAGCGUGCUGGAAGGCCUGAGAGCAGUGCUUCGGACCUGCAUUUCCCAUCCUAUCUGGUCAGACAUCUUGAUGGGAACCUGCUGAAAGAACGAUGCUGUCUGAAACUGCAGGUUGAACGUAACCUGGAUAAGGAGAUCAGCCAUGCAGUCCCUGAUAUGGCCAUCCAUGGCAGUCUCUCAUCAGUCCAUUGCUCUUUGGACCUUGGUAAAUACAAGUUAAUCCGUGGAUUAAUACAGAACAAUUUAGGGGAGCCUAUUGAAGAGUUCAUGAGGCCAUUUGAUUUGCAGGACCCCAGCAUACAUACUGUUCUCACCGGAGAGGUAUACACGAACAUGUCGUUUCUCAUCGACAUGAUGAAUGUUAGCUUGGAGCUUCUCGGGUCAAAGGGCAAGAACGCAAGCAGCAGUUCACUAGCAAGGUUUGAUUUCAAAAAGUCGAAGCUACUUUAUGAGAGUUUUUCAAACACGACAAAGUCUGUAAAUCUGGUCUCCCACUCAAUGAUGGCUCAUGACACACGAAGCGCUGGACAAGCAAACAACCCAGACCUUAAAACUAACGCGUUUCGAUGCAUUUUGGAUGCGUCAAAAAGUGGUAGCAACCAAGCUUCCUUGCAAAUGGAACUACAUUACAGGUCGACCAGAGAUGCUUCAUGUUUCACAGUGGUUCUGAAUAACCUCCGUGUUUUUGUCAUAUUUGAUUGGUUGAUGCUUGUGCGCGAUUUCCUGCAAACUUCUGACAGCCCAAAGAAACCAGAAAAUGCCUCGCCAGCGCGUGACCGAAAAGUGGGCAGCGAAGUGUUGAUUCCCAAAACUGUCAAGUAUGGAGUUGUCACAAAACGGUCGUCUGUGCCAAUGCCAAAUGAGAAAUACCUGGAAGUGAAAAUCAACGUAACCGGUACUGAAUUUGUAGUGGUUGAAGACAUGUCAUGCCAUGAUACAAAUGCAGUCAUUCUGAAGGCCACGACUGUGCUCACCUACAAACCACGUUUAGUAGAUCGGCCUUUCUCCGGCAGUCUUGGAGGAAUUGAGGUGUUUUCAUGUCGACUUGGCAGUGAGCAAGAGACUGCAUUAUCCAUUAUCGAUCCUGUAAAUGUGCAGAUAGAAUUGAUUGGCAACCCUAUCUACCAGAGGAGCUCGGGUCUACUAGAUGCCUUUGGUAGUGAGGAUUUCCCACCAGUACUUGAGGUUCAAUUCUCCAGUCUUGACAUCAGACUUUCAUACAACGAUGUACAGCUAUUUCUGGCAAUAGUGAAGUCUAUACCGAAGCAGACGACUGCAGUGCCUGUCAUGCCUGAUCCUGGGUCAAUGAAUGGCAAUACCAACUCAUUUCGUUUGACAGGCAUCUCAACAACAGGAUCUGGGAAAAAAGAAACAAGUGGACACCAAAUAGAUCCUAUCCUUGAGUUGCAGCUGGAUCGCCUCCAAGACCUUGGAUUUAACCUGGACGAUUGUCGUAAAGCAUUGCUGCAAUCCAAAGGCCAGCUGAAUCAGGCAGCCAUGUGGUUGUUUAAGAACGCUGAGCCCGUGUCGGCAGGUGCAGCAGCGAUCAGCAGUGAUGGUGAAGCAGGUGCAGCAUUGCUUAUCUCCGGGGUCGAGGUGAAAGCUGAGAGUAUCUGUAUCUGCUUGAUCGAUGACUGCAUGGAUUGUGAUGUACCUCUUGCUGAACUUACCUUUUCAAGAUUAUACUUCCUGCAGAGAGUGGGAUCAAAUCCAGAGGGGUCGGCUAAUUUUACUCUUUCUGGAGAUUAUUACAACCGUGAGUUGUCAGGGUGGGAGCCUUUUGCAGAACCUUGGACAACGUUCCUGAGUUGGCAGCAGCAAGCAGCUAGCCGUCUUCACCCACCUCGACUUAAAUUGGAUCUCCAAGCAAAACAGCGGCUUGACAUCAACAUUACAUCUGUCCUGAUGGAGCAGUGCAAAAGAACAAAAGCCUCUUGGAUUGCUGACUACUGUAAGGAAGAAAGUGAGAGUUCAGAAACAUCUCAGUGGAGGACUGGAAUGUAUGUCGAUCCAUUACUCGGACAAAGACCAAGCCCAUUCUUAGCAGAGGAGAAGAUACUGAAGCGGCGGCAACCUUUUGUGCCGUACGCUCUGAGGAACCACACGGGAUGUACCUUGUGGUUCGCCACGCUCACCACCACUCCAACAAGAGUGGUCCUGUCUCACAGCGAAAGGCCAGGCUACAUGCAUGAAGCAACUGUGGCUGACCUUGAUGACCAGCACAAUGUCAGUCAGUGGCGUGAGGUGCUCCCUGGAGAAGAAGUUCCUUUCGAGUUUGAAGCCAGGGAAAAACUAAGGCACAGACAUACCCAUGAGUUGAAGAUUCAUCAGCUUUUGGUCCGUGUGAAUGGGUGGGAACAAGUGAGCCCAGUGUCUGUGGAUAAAGUCGGGAUCUUCUUCCGCUGUGCAGCACCCGAUCGCAACAACCAGUCAUCCAUGGUUGGAAGUCCCAUUAGCAAGACCAAUAUAAUACAUCCACAUGUUUAUUUCUCGGCUCUUCCCCCUGUCCGGGUUGUAUUCUCUGUGACUCUUGAGGGAAGCGCAAGGAAAGUGAUAACAGUCCGCUCAGCACUGAUUGUGAAAAACAAACUGGAGGUACCCAUGGAACUGAGAUUGGAUAGUCCAUCUGCUCCAGACAAACCAGUGGUGCUGCCAGCUGUGCUGCCCGGUGACUCAUUGGCAAUCCCUUUACACCUGACGUCCUGGCGUCUACAAGCAAGACCAAAUGGAUUUGGUUUGUUUUUCUGUAAAACGCCAAUCCACUGGACCAGUGUAGCAAAAGUAGGAGAAGUGAACAGCAGCAAGCGAGAGUGCCAUUCGUCAGACUGUGAUGACAAUAGCUCCUUCAGGUACUGUGUGGCAGUUAAGAAAGAGAACUACCCUGAUUACCUGCCCUUAAAUUUAAUGUCUGGCAAUGCAAUGCAGGUUUACCGACAACCAGGGCACACCAUCUACUUGUUGCCCACCCUUGUUCUGACAAACCUCCUCCCCUGUGAGCUGUCCUACUAUGUCAAAGGCACCCCCAUCAGUGGCUCAUUAAAGCGAGGGAAAGAUGCUGUACUGCACACAGCUGACACGUCUCACAACAUCGAGCUGGGCAUAACACUUGAAAACUUCCACAUGUGCAAGGAGCUACUGAUCCCAGCAGGGACCACUAAUUAUCAAGUUCACAUGCGACUCUAUGAUACCAAUAAGAGCCUGUUGAAUCUGAGCAUUCGGAUUGUGUGCAGAGCUGAAGGUUCCCUCAAGAUACUUAUUUCUGCCCCUUACUGGCUCCUCAAUAAGACGGGCUUGCCUCUGAUUUUUCGGCAGGACAAUGCGAAGGCUGAUGCAGCAGGACAAUUUGAGGAGCACGAGCUGGCACGAAGCCUCAGCCCCCUCCUGUUCAGCUUUGCAGACAAAGAGCAACCCAACAUGUGUACCAUGAGGAUUGGAAAGGGGAUCCACCCAGAUGCAGUACCUGGGUGGUGUCAGGAGUUCUCCCCAGAUGGAGGCAGCGGUGUCCGAGCCGUGAAAGUGAUUCAACAUGGGAACAGACCAGGACUUAUUUACAGUAUUGGAAUUGAUAUCCGUAAGGGUAGAGGCCGUUACAGAGAUACCAACAUUGUAACGUUUGCACCCAGAUAUCUACUGGACAACAAAUCCUCUCACAAACUGGCUUUCGCCCAACGGGAGUUUGCCCGAGGCCUGGGCACUCAAAAUCCAGAUGGUUAUAUUUCAACUCUACCCGGAGCUAGUGUAGUGUUCCAUUGGCCAAGGAAUGAUUAUGAUCAGUUGCUAUGUGUACGCCUAAUGGAUGUUUCCAACUGCACUUGGUCUGGGGGGUUUGAGGUGAACAAGAACAGUUCCUUCCACGUCAACAUGAGGGAUACCCAAGGUAAUUGUCACCUCCUCCGGGUCGAAAUCACCCUUAAAGGAGCAACAUAUCACAUUGCAUUCAGUAACUCUGAACAGCUGCCACCACCCUUCCGCAUUGAUAACUUUUCAGAGGUUGCGAUUAUUUUCAAUCAACAUGGUGUGGUGGAGCCAAGGCUAAAGACAGAAGUAAAACCCUCCACGUCACUAGAUUAUGCUUGGGAUGAGCCUGUUCUUCAGCCUUUUAUCACAUUAUCAGUGAAAGGGGCAGGCUCAUCAGAAAUUACCUGUGAUAUGAAUGAUUUUAAAGAGUCCAAGCAGCUUUAUUAUGAGAAUUUCAUCUACAUUGCUGCCUCCUAUACCUUCUCUGGGCUUGUGGAAUCCUCUGGUAGGCCUGUUGCUCAAGGUUCAGGGAAGAAAAACGUUUGCUGUGCGCAGCUAGUGCUGGAUGUUGCACCCAAAACUGGAAGAGUAAUCCUGAAGAAAAAGGAACCGGGUAAAAGAUCACAGCUUUGGCGCAUGACUGGUAGUGGGAUGUUAUGCCAUGAGGGUUCUUCUCCUCCUCAUAACCCCAACAAACCCUCUUCUAGUAAACCGCCAAACUCUGGGUUGGUCCUCGACAUUGCAGGCGUGGCUGCUGUCACCGACUGCAGGUAUGAGCCACUCAUGCUGAGAAAUCCUGACCGACGUCGGGGCACCAGCCAGUGUUGGUAUUUCCAAGAUGGGCGCCUGAGCUGUGGCCAAACAAGAAUGGUAGUACAGAUAACCAAAGGCAUUUCAGGCUUGUACGAUGGAGCAGAGGUGGUGCUGGGUCCAGAACCAACCCUUGGCCUGGAACCAGUUCCAGUGGAGCAACAGUUCAUCAACCAGAAAAUGAGACCUGGUUCAGGAGUUCUCUGUUUGCGAGUAAUUCCUGAUGGUCCUACACGUGUGUUGCAGAUUACUGAUCUACAGCAUCGCAGAACCAAUCGUUCCCUCACAGGGACCGAGGAGUGUCCGGUCGCUGAGGUUGGUGAAAUUCGGAAAUUGAAGAACCUGGAAGCUGAACAAGAGUUGGAGGUUUUAGUGAAACUGGAUGGCGGAGUUGGUGUAUCGUUGAUUAACAAAGUCCCUGAGGAAUUGGUAUUCGCCACUCUGACAGGGAUAGAUGUUCGUUACACAAAGGUCGCCACUGGUCAGAUGCUCGAGGUCAGCAUUCAGGAUGUACAGAUUGAUAACCAACUUUUGGGAACAACACAACCUAUAAUCCUUUCUCUAACACCCAACACCCCUGAAAGUGAAACCGAACCCGUGGAAUUUGGUCCUGCUGUUCAGAUCAACGCAAUGAAGAUCCCAAGCAAGAACGCACUGACUGAACUCUUCAAGCACCUCAUGAUCACAGUGCGGAAGCUGACCGUCCAAAUCGAAGAGAAGCUCUUGCUGAAGCUAGUGCAAUUUUUUGGCUUGGGACAGUUGGACCAAGAUGUAGAAAAGCCAGAUGAAAAUGCCCCUGAACAGAACAAUGAGAAAAGUGGAACAGCAAAGCGCUAUUACUUUGAAAACCUCAAACUCAGCAUGCCACAAAUCAAGAUGAGCGUAUUUACUUCAAGCAAGCUACCUGUUGAAUUCAAGGCUUUGAAGGGCAUGCUGGGCAUCCGGUUGAUCCGCUUUGAGGAUGCAGUGAUCCACCUGGACCCAUACACCAGAGUGCACCCAUAUGAGACGCAGGAGUUCAUUAUCAACGACAUUCUCAAGCAUUUUAAGGAGGAAUUGAUGAGCCAGGCGACUCGAAUACUAGGCUCGGUGGAUUUUCUGGGCAAUCCAAUGGGACUUUUGAAUGAUGUGUCGGAGGGCGUUUCAGGGCUGAUCAAGUAUGGAAACGUUGGAGGCUUAAUACGAAAUGUCACGCACGGAGUCUCCAACUCAGCUGCUAAGUUUGCUGGGACUUUAUCGGAUGGUUUGGGAAAGACGAUGGACACGAGACACCAGGCUGAGCGUGAAUCCAUCCGCUACCAAGCCGUGACCAGCGGCGAACACCUCGUGGCAGGAAUUCAGGGGCUGGCUCACGGAAUUUUGGGUGGUCUCACCAGUGUUAUUACCUCAACAGUAGAAGGUGUGAAAACAGACGGUGGUGUUGGCGGUUUUUUCUCGGGCCUGGGGAAGGGACUGGUUGGCACCAUAACUAAACCAGUGGCCGGUGCUCUCGACUUUGCUUCAGAAACAGCCCACGCCGUGCGGGAAACCACGACCAUGAACGACCACAGAACCUUUGCUGCCUUGAACGGAUUUAACCAAGAGCUGUGUUACUUUCUCUUUUCUAGUUUCAUUGCAGUGGAACAGAUCGACAGUUAUUGUGUUCUCAUCUCCUCCAAAGCUGUGUAUUUUCUGAAGCAUGGCGAGUAUGUCGACAGGGAUGCCAUUUUCCUGGAGGUCAAAUAUGACGACCUAUACCACUGCCUUAUCACAAAGGAUCACGGAAGAGCUUACUUACAGCUUACAAAGAAAGCUGAGAAUUCAAGCAGUGGUGUGGCCAUACCUGGCCCAUCGCACCACAAGCCCUUGGUCCAUGUGAAGUCAGAGAAUCUUGCGAUCAAGAUAUCGCAAGAAAUUAACUAUGCCAAAAGCCUCUACUAUGAGCAGCAGCUGAAACUCCAGACCAACGAGACCCUGGAGCUGGACUCCUGAUAGUCUCUCUACUGGUUGAGAAGAAGCAGCAAAGUACAGUAACAAGACCACACUUGCCUCCGUGUGAUUGUUUAUUGUCUGAGCACUUGUGUAAUCAACUCAUUCCCUUUCCGCCUCAUCCCUGAUGCCUAAUUGAAGCUCGCAGGUGGGGAAUUAAUACUAUGCUUGGUUUAGGGGACAGAUUAUUACAGAAACUCUGAUAAGGAGCAGGUUCUGUUCAAAAUGUAUUUUACAUUUUAUAUAUUGUAUUUACAAAACAAAUUGUGACAGAGUUGAGAGUUCUUUAUAUUUUACUAAUCUGUACAUACCUGUAAUUAUACUUUCUUGUAAAUAUUUAGAAAAAUCUCACAGGAACUGUUAUGUACAGAAGCUGCAUUCAAACCAACUGCAGUGGAAUAUCGAAGAUUACGUUAUUGCACUAGAAAUGUACUUGAUUUUUCAGGAUAAUCCAAGCCCUGCAGAGUGGUGUGGGAACGUAUUUCCAUUAAGGCACUAGACCUCCUUGUUACUUUACUCAGACCCUUCCUUCCCAUCAAUGUUAUCAAGAGUCUCUGAAUCAGCAAACUGGCAGGCAAGAAUUACUGUAGGACUACACACAGAAAAUUGAGUAUGCAGGGAGAAACAAUAUGUUGCAAACUGGCAUAAAAAGUGUUAUGUUUCUGUGAUGCAGUUAAGAUGUUAUAUUUACAGGAGAGAUUUAAGGCACAGAGCGGUUACUGCGGGAUUUUAGGCAAGGAAUGACUGCGUUUGGCAGGAGGAACCGUCAUCUGGCAGUGGCUAAAAUGAUUGAAGGAUUCUGUCUUCCUCUCUCUCUCUAAUUGGAGUGAAGUGAAUGCUAGUUUGGUCUUGUAACUUCACCUCACUCGCUUAUGUCGGCUAAAAAGGGAAGUGAAAUGAUAUCUCUCCAUUUGUAGAAAACAGUACAGUUGCAUGUUGAUAAAAAACAUUGAAUGUGGUCAGAUUCACACAGCAACUGGGACAAGUCUCGAACAGGGAAGGGUCUGGAACUGCACUGAAUUAUUGUAAGUAUAUGUAAAGUAUGUGUUAGUGCGCUGAAGUCAAAAUGUUUGUAGCUAGGUGUUUAGAACUCUAUAGAAAGGAACAAUGAUUAGAAUGUAUACGCAAUACAAUAGGCCCUUUGCACUGUUCAUAGGUGGUGAACAAACUUAUUUCAGUACUUUCUUUUCUGCUAUGUCACAAGGAAUCAAUCACUAUAUACAGUUUGGUAAAGAAAUGGUAUCUAAAGUGUGGUUUUGGAAUGGGAGAGUUAGAUUUGGUGACUUUGUGGACACUUGGAAUUAGAAUGGGACAGCCAAAGACUGCACAUAUGUGUAUAUAUAUAUAUGUAAGAUCUAAAGGUAUGGCCUCAUUUGGAAACUGGACCAAAAGAUGGCCUUCUGAGGGAAAGCAGAGCUAGCCUCUUCAGUUUCCACUAGUUUUGCCUAAGGGACUACGAGAAUCACUGAUCAGCUUGCUUUGUGAAAGACUCCGCCCGACAAGUUUUCAGCACAAGAGACUCCAUCGAGCAGAAAAGCAUUGGUAGUUGCUAUUCCUGCACUUCUCUGCAGUACAAUCUCUGAGAUGAUCACCUAUGUUCUUCCAGAAUCAGGGGGCAUGCGGUGGGGUGGGUGCAACCUCACUGUCGUGAGGAUGUGUGUCAAAGGGAUGAGGUUUUUUUGCCCAAUGUGGUUUUUGUGCAAUUUUUAUCAUCAAAUAAAAUCACUUGUUACGAAAGGAAA